AUGACUUUCUAUCCGAGCUCAGACGACAAGACUUAUGGCGUUUGCGCAGUGAUUGACCGCCUGCCGCAUAGCUUCGCGUGCCUUGCGCUUGCCGCGGACAAGUCCCGCCGUGCUGACCUUAACAAGACGCUGAGCGAGUGGAAGACAAGGGCAGCCGGACGGGUCCGGGACAUUGCGCUCCCUAAGCUUGGAUUCUUCCGUGAUGAGCGCGACGAGGCAAGCCCGUGGGCAAGGGACAACGCACGCACGCUGGAGCAGAUUCGGGAGCGCAUUGGGCUCGGUGUGGAGGAGAGCGGUAAGCGGUGUUCUGAUCUGGUGCUGAGCAACUGGUCAAACGACCGCGACGGGAUGCCCUUUGCGUCUGCCGCGUUUGCGGCGUGCGCAAAGGCUGCCUUCAUUCCGAAGAAGGCUGCACUGCCGCUGACUUUGAAGGUGUACCACCUUGCGUGGCUGGAGCACGUGGUGUCCGACAGCAUCAUGUAUUGGGAGCAGAGGAUGGGCCGCCUCUCUAACUCGGCCGGGGGGAACGGCCACGUCGUGAACGGGCUCAAGGUGCUUGUGAAGGGCUCCGUUUCACAGGCCAUCCGUCACUUCAAUCCAGAGUACGACGACGAGAAGGAGGAAUGGAUUUGGGGACGCCAUGGCCUCCGCCUUUCUGCCUGUGGUCUUGAGAACAUGAAGCCUAAUGCUGGCGCUAGCGGCGGAGACGGCGCCGGGAAUGAUGUGCAGUCGGUGUCAGUCGGGGGCGUGUAG